CUCUCAUAGCUGGGGGUUGGGUUCAUCUAAGAAAGAAGCCCAGCUGAGGACAUUUGGUCUUCACAUCCUGGGCUUUCUGCAUUCGACCAACCAUGAAGAUCCUGCAGACCUUUCUCCUCAUCCUUGUGAGCUCCUUGGGGUCUUUGGCCCUGCAAGACCUUUCCAAGAAGACCUUGGUUUUCCCAGAAGAGUCCAACGCAGCUCAUGUGGUUCUGAGGCCUGCGCGCCAGCAACCUUUGACCAGCUUCACCGUCUGCCUGAAAUCCUACACAGACCUGAGCCGUGCCUACAGCCUUUUCUCAUACGCCACCAAGAUGUCUGACAACGAGUUGCUGGUCUUCAAACCCAAACCCAACCAAUACAGCUUGUAUGUGGGGGGGUCAGUGGUGACCUUCAGCGUUGCAGACAAUCCGGCCGCCAAACCACGGUGGGAGCACAUUUGUGUGAGCUGGGAGUCCAUCACAGGAAUCGUAGAUCUUUGGUUGAACGGGAAUAGCUUGCCCCGCAAGGGUAUGAAGAAAGGUUACACCAUCAGUCCCGAAGCUUCUAUUAUCCUUGGGCAGGAACAGGAUUCCGUCGGAGGUGGCUUUGACAUCAACCAAUCCUUCGUAGGGGAGGUCAUGGAUGUGUACAUGUGGGGUCGGGUGCUUUCCUCAGACGAGCUGGGUGUCGUUCAGAAUGGCGGCCGCCUUUCCAACUACUUGAUUGACUGGCAAUCCCUAAUUUACCAAAUUAACGGCUACUCGGUGGUGAAGCCCUUCAGAAAGUGAAGCCCUCCUCCAUAAGCCCCCCUGUAGACUCUGCCAAACAAAGCAGAGAGCUGGAAACAAAUCAGUAGUCUUCCCCAUAAUUAACGUUUCUGUUUAGUAGCAAGGCAACACUCCUAAGAAUGAUUUCCUGGAAGUAAGCCCCUUGGAGUAGCAUGGGACUUCCUUCUGAAUAGACCUGCUGAGGCUAGUUCGCUUAGUCCCCAAUCUGUUCGUGCAAAUGCGUUCACGAAGCUCAUAAAUCUGUAUUCUCCAAUAAAAUAUUUCAUUUUCCCCCCUU